AUGGGGGCAGGAGCAUCGACCGCACGAGGUGCCGAGACGGAGGACGGAGCAGGCGGUCCACCAGACUACUAUGCUUUGCUCGAGGUAGAAGAGUCCGCCACGGCAGAAGAGAUCAAGAAAUCGUUCCGAAGACUCGCCUUGGUUCACCACCCAGACAAGAACGCGCACGACAUCGAAGGCGCAACAAAUCGUUUCGCAGCCAUACAGCAAGCUUACGAGGUCCUCAGCGACGAGCAGGAGCGAGCGUGGUACGACAGCCAUCGUGCUUCAUUGAUACCGGAGCCAGAUGCUGCUGCGGUCUUUGAGGAGAUCAGGAAAGGCGCUCCUCCGCCUCGGGCGCGGGAUCGCGGACUCACUGUCCGGCACCUCGCGCAAUUCUUCGAUACUUCCAUUGUGGACGGACUUGAUGACGGGCCAAACGGCUUCUUUACGAUCUACCGCAAUCUCUUCGAUCGGCUUGCGCACGACGAAAAGCAAUACGACGACACACCCCUUCCCUCUUUUGGCCUCUCUACCUGGCCGUGGCUCCCGCCUACCAAGGAGGAAAAGAACCAAUGCGCGCGUACAUUCUACAACUACUGGAUCAAUUUCGUAACGAACAAGGAGUUCGAGUGGGCAGACCAAUGGAAUAUGGCCGAAGCUCCGGACCGGCGUGUCCGCAGGUUGAUGGAGCGUGACAACAAGAAAGCGCGAGACGAGGCCAGGAAGGAGUAUAACGACACAGUUCGGUCCCUUGCGACUUUCAUCCGCAAGCGCGAUCCUCGCUACAAAGCACAUCUCGCCCGUCAAGCCCAAGGUCAAUCUACUCCUCAGGGUGCGCGCACGCCUACCUCCCGUCUGACAGCUACCUCUUCUCCGGCGCCACAGCCUGUUUACGUGGAGCAAGAAUGGCAAAAGACCGCGGCAAGAGACGACGCGGUCGAUCUAGAGUGGGCUGCUGCAGAGGGAGAGGACGAAGAGGAAUGGGAAUGCGUGGCAUGCGGGAAGAGCUUCCGUAGCGAGGCAGCUUGGGACAGUCAUGAACGCAGUCGGAAGCAUAUGAGGGCGGUGGAGGCGCUAAAGCGGGAGAUGGAGCAGGAAAACGACGAGCUCGGUUUGGACGGAGACGAAGAAAACCAAGGGGAUCCACUGGAGAAUGCGGGGCCUCCCGACUCGGGGUCAGACGAAGACGAGGUUGAGCAGCGGGUUACAGAUCGACCCGAGCAGCCUCCCGUAACCGACAGUAAGCAAGGUGAGCUUGCGGAGGCAGUGGUAGAGGAGGAGGGAGUCCAGGCACCGCUGCCGAAGAGUAAACGGAAGAAGGCGAAGAAUACUUCUGCGCGUUCACCUUCACCCGAAGUCAUCUCGAAGAGUCAGCGGCGAACGCGGAAGCGAGAUAUUGAUCCAGAUUCUGUGGGCGAAGAUCUGGCCGUUGGCAACAUUCAAGAUGGCAGGGCUAGCAGUACGACACAGAGCGAGAUGCAGGAGCGGGGCCCGACAAAGAAGGAAAAGCGCCGCGCACGAGAAGUUGCUAAACAGGCAUCUGCAAAGGAAGUAUCGAUCCAAGAGCUGGUGGUGUAG